AGGGAUCCCUCCCCAAUUGUGCUUCCUGUGUGUUCACGAAAACCCUCGAAACCACCCUCGCCUUCUUCGUCUUCUCUUCCAUCUGAAUCUAGCGACCAAGACACUACCAGGAAUGGCGGAGCCUGGCGAGGUCUGCAACUUCUUCCGCAAGCCCACCAAGAACAAGAACAUUCGCAAGCGCAAAACCACCGGUUCCGAUGACGAAGACGGCGCCGCCGAUGAUGCUCCAUCCACCGGCCCCGCCAUCGUUAAAUCCAGGAAAUCGAUCGCCGACAACAAGCUCAUGUUCUCCUCUUCAUCUUCCAAACCCUCCUCCAAGCCCUCCGCGGACAGCGGCGGUGCCGGAGACCCCGACGAGGACGCGGGGGAGCGCGGCUCCGGCGCCCUCUUCCAGUUCGAGUCUUCGAAGGAGAUCCAGGUCCAGCACGACAGUCGCGCCACGGCGGUCCUCGAGACGGAGACCGAAUUCUCCAAGGACGCCCGGGCCAUCCGCGAGCGGGUCCUGAAGCAGGCAGGGGAGGUCCUCAAGGGGAAGUCCAAAGCUGGCGGCGGUGACGACAAAUUAUACAAGGGGAUCCACGGGUAUACCGACUACAAGGCCGGGUUCCGGCGGGAGCAGACGGUGGCAGGCGAGAAGGCCGGUGGCGCCCACGGCCCGCUACGGGCUUCUGCGCACAUCCGGCUGUCGGCGAGGUUCGAUUACCAGCCGGACAUCUGUAAGGACUAUAAGGAGACGGGGUACUGCGGGUACGGAGAUUCCUGCAAAUUUAUGCACGAUAGGGGGGAUUACAAGCCGGGGUGGCAGCUGGAGAAGGAGUGGGAGGAGGCUGAGAAGGCGAGGAAGAGGGGACUCGCGGCUGGGGGUGGUGGAGGAGACGGGGAUGAUGGUGAUCAAGAGGAUGAUGAUGACGAUGAUGAUUCUUUGCCCUUUGCGUGCUAUAUAUGCAGACAACCGUUUGAGGAUCCAGUGGUAACCAAGUGCAAGCACUAUUUUUGUGAGCAUUGUGCCCUAAAGCAUCAUGCAAAGAACAAGAAGUGUUUUGUUUGCAAUAAACCAACACUCGGCAUCUUUAAUACUGCUCGUGAAAUACGGAAAAAGAUGGUCCAGGAGAAAUAAAAGCAAUUCAUACGAGGACACAAUGAAGAAGCCGAUUUUGGAAGAUGCAACUCAAUUCGGGCUUCGGAAGUUAAAGGUAUUUUGGAGCUGGAAGCUUCCCCAAGAAACUGUAGAUAGCGAGGAACAGUGUAAUUUGGCAUUAGUGGAGGAUGGAGCAUGAGCUGCAAUUAAGACUCGCUUGUCCGUGGUGCAUCUGUAACUUUGCAUGAUGCCAUGCAAUCUUUGUGUACUUGUGGAUCAUUAGGGCUGAAACAGCUGGUGUAAGUUGAUUUUAAUUACUUGUCAAGUAGGUUGAUAUAUCAUCGGACAUGAUUCUCAACCCUCUACCAACUAGAGCUCCUGUGCCUCUCAUCGGUAAGGUGAUGGGCAAUUUAUUUACUGAGUUGAUCGGUUAUGACACGAGUGAUUUAUUUGCCUCU